AUGGACCAAGGUCAAAUUCGUACGUUCAUGUACUACGAGUGGCUGCUGGGCAACGACAAAGGCACCACGGUCGCCAAAAUCUGCAGAGCGUGAAUCCGUCGCUGUAUCAAGGAGAAGCCGGCAGCCACCACCCGUGAACGGACGACGACGUUUGGCUGCAGCAAGUCCAUUAUCUACAAUCGCCUCAACUUACUUGGCUACCUUAAUGUUCUGGUUCGAUGUGUAAAGGAAUCAAAGGCUUUACUUAUAUCCAGAUAAAUUACGUCAACCCAAUACUGAGAACCCUUCUUACACAAUAAAUGGCUCAAAAGUUCCAACAGAUGUAUUCAUCAGAGAUCUGGGCGUGCAUUUCAGUUCUAAUUUGAAAAUGAGUGGCCACGUAAAUGUUAUUGUGAAAAAAUGCAUGAAAAUCGUGGAUAAUCUUUUUAGAUGUUUACCUUCUCGCACACUAACUUCAUGAACUGCUACAAGUUGAAGAUUUUACCUGUUCUUGAAUAUGGGUCAGAACUUUUCUGUCCUCUAACAAGAACAGAUAUCGAUAGAUUGGAAUCAGUUCAAAGGAAGUUUACUAAAAGACUUUUCCCUAAAAAUGAAUUACAAAGAAAGACUUCAACGUCUCGGACUAAACACCCUUUGGCAAAGACGUUUAAAAAAAGACAUAACUGCUGCUCAUAGUUUCAUCUACGGAUACUAUUGGUGCCCAUCUCCAAUCCCUUUACAAAAUACAACAAGUAGAUCGAAUCAACUGCGAGGAAAUGGUCUCAAAAUAGAGCGGCCUCUACUUUCUGACAUACACUACCGGUUCAUCAAUCAAAGAGUUUACAAUCAUUGGAAUCAUAUGGAUAGAGACAUAGUGUUUGAGUAUGAAAAAAAUAAGUUCAGAUCUAAACUUGAGAAAUGGUUUGAAAACAACAUUACAGAACUAAACACUCUUGAUCCAACAAAAAUAUGAAAGCUACAUAAUCGACAUCUAAAAGAAUAACUUCAUGGUUAUUCCAAUUUACUCAAGUGGGGGGUUAACACGACCGCGAGUCCUCUUCCCUCCAUCACCACAAGUUCCGACACAUAUGUUCCCAAACUCUCCCUACAUCUAUUUCGUGAAAUUUAGUUUUUGUGUGUGAGAGAUAAAACAUUUUUGAAUUUUUUUUUUUUGAUUUAAAAAACCCUAGUAUAACACAAACUCUGCACGCGGACACAUUGAUGGUAGGGGACAAUUUUGGGUCUGCGAAUAUUCGUGAACGUGAAUUGUACGUACACCAAUCUUGGGGGCUCAAAUCUUUGAAAAUUGGAAAUUUGGAAAACGAUUCUUGUGAAUAUCCAGCUCUUUUUUGAUUUUUUAUCUUUUUUGUGCAUUUUUUUUCUUUGUUGUUUUAUUGUGAGGAUUUUGUGUUUCGACUAAAAAUUGAAUCUGUAUGAUUUUUUUUUUCAAAAUUGCGCUUUCAUCGCAUAAACGACGUCAAAGAUUUACUGCAGAACUUCUAUAACACUUGUAUUCCUUCUCUAUGCAUUCUCCAUCAAAUUCUGUUUUUCAAAAAAAUUUGGAAAAAUUUAUAAAAAACCAAAAAAAUGUAAGUAAUUCCGAAAAAUCGUUUUCCGGGAUUCAAAUUUUCAAAGAUUCGAGCCCCCAAAAAGUGGUAUAUGCACAAUACAAGCUCAUAAAUAAUCGCGCACCUAAAAUUUCUUCCUGCCAUCGACACUUUAUAGUACAAUCCCGAUUCGCUUGUGCAUUUGUUUUCCCUUGAGUGAAGAAAAAAGAAAUCACGGGGCAAUCCACCCGGCUGUCACAGGUACUCUUGGACUCCUCUCCGCCGGUUGUUUCGACGAAUGUCCCGGCCAACCAGCCGGUGGUUCUCACGUAA